CUACCUAAGUCAUUUUCUGGUAAGAUUCUACUUUAUACAACACUGCUAUUAACAGAUGAACCAGAAAUCCUCUCAUUAUUCACAUCAUAAAAAAAUGCAGUCAGAUCACGUGUCUUCUCAAGUCGUGUAGAAAUACGACGGCGCCAUCUAGUGGCCAGUGUUCGCCCCCUCAGCUGCAGUGGUCCACCCUGCAUGUGACAAGUUGAAAUCGUCACAGAUGUGUCACACACACACACAAAGCAGCGUGUCACUAAAUCCAAUUGUUGCUUGUCUUGUUUUUUUCUGUAACAUUGUUAAAUUAGUUGUGUAACACAUGAACUAGUUUAAAAAUGUAAGUCGCACGUUAUAUGUUUGUUUUUUCUUGGUUUUUUUCCCCCCUCUCGAUGAUCAAUAACGAUUCUAAUCGAUAUCGCCAUUCGGUGAUUGACUCGUUCAGCUUGAAUGUCACUGCGUUUGCACGUGCGUGUGCGUGCGCUCCGUUAUUUUCCGGGUUGCGCUGAAGCUGCGCUGCCAGCUGACACUCUCACUGAGGAGGAGACACACACACACACACACACACACUAUCUCUCUCUCUCUCUCUCUCUCUACACUCACUCCAUCUCUCCCUCACUCUAUCGUCCUCUCUCUCUGUGCGUGUGUGUGAGCGAGAGAGAGGCAGCUAACUCGCGCAUCACCACCACCACCACUACCGUCAUCAUCCUCAUCAUCAUCAUCAUGGCGGAUCAAGGCGAAUCUCAGGCUCCCGUCCACCACCCGCAGCCUGCGCCGCUGACAACUAGCUGGCCAAUAACCAGGGAGUCGUACGAGCUGCAGGAAGUCAUAGGCAGCGGGGCCACAGCUGUGGUGCAGGCAGCCCUCUGUACCCCCAGACAGGAGCGUGUUGCCAUAAAGAGAAUCAACCUGGAAAAAUGCCAGACCAGCAUGGACGAGCUAUUGAAAGAAAUUCAAGCCAUGAGCCAGUGCAACCAUCCGAAUAUUGUCACCUACUACACCUCCUUUGUGGUAAAGGAUGAACUCUGGUUAGUCAUGAAGCUUCUGAGCGGAGGCUCCAUGCUGGACAUAAUCAAGCACACAAGCAAAGACGAGGACAAAAGACGAGCCCUCGAUGAGCCUAUUAUUGCUACUAUAUUAAAAGAAGUGCUGGAGGGUCUGGACUAUCUGCACAGAAAUGGACAGAUCCACAGGGAUGUGAAAGCUGGAAACAUACUUCUGGGAGAAGAUGGAUCUGUUCAGAUUGCAGAUUUUGGCGUGAGUGCAUUCCUAGCUGCAGGAGGCGAUAUGACUAGACACAAAGUACGGAAGACCUUUGUUGGCACACCAUGUUGGAUGGCACCGGAGGUGAUGGAACAAGUACGAGGCUAUGAUUUCAAAGCAGAUAUAUGGAGCUUUGGAAUUACAGCGAUAGAGUUAGCAACAGGCUCUGCACCCUAUCAUCGCUACCCUCCUAUGAAGGUUUUAAUGCUUACCCUACAGAAUGACCCACCCGCUCUAGAGACAGGUGUAGAGGACAAGGAAAUGCUCAAAAAGUAUGGCAAAUCGUUUAGAAAGCUUAUAACUAUGUGCCUUCAGAAGGAUCCUGCCAAAAGGCCUACAUCUGCAGAGCUUUUGAAGUGUAAAUUCUUCCAGAAGGCUAAGAACAAAGAACAUCUGGUUGAAAAGCUUUUGUGUUGUGCACCAAAGAUUUCUCAGCGAGCUAAGAAGGACCCUGGACUCAAAUGGGAGAGCCUUUGUUUUGUGUCAGGCUCGGAAAAUAAACCUGACACCACCACCAGACGGGUGAGGAGAGUCCCAGGCUCCAGUGGUCACCUGCACAAAACGGAGGACGGAGACUGGGAGUGGAGCGACGAUGAACUGGACGAGGGCAGCGAGGAGGGCAAGGCGGCAAUAAUUCAGGGGAGGUCACGAAGGGUCAAAGAUGAGGCCGAAGAUGAGGAGGAGGAGGUGGUGGAUGAGGAGGAGGAGGAGGAGGAGGAGGAGGAGGAGGAGCACACCAACAAUGUUCCCAUUGAAGGGUUGUCUAUUCACCAUCCCGAGGUUGAACCGUAUGAGGAUACACCAUACAUUCAGGGUGCUGUUAACAUGGUUCUACGGCUAAGGAACUCUCGAAAGGAGCUGAAUGACAUCCGCUUUGAAUUCACUCCAGGACGUGACACUGCUGAUGGCGUUUCCCAGGAACUUUUCUCUGCCGGUCUGGUCAACGGGCAUGAUGUGGUCAUCGUUGCUGCCAACCUUCAGAAGAUAGUAGACGACCCAACUACCUACAAAGUAUUGACCUUUAAGCUGGCGUCCGGCUGUGAUGACACGGAGAUCCCCGACGAGGUGAAGCUCAUCGGCUUUGCACAGCUAAGUGUCAGCUGAUGCUCUCUUUAUGCCUGAACCAGGUGAGACCGUUCAGGGCAGACUGUGGAGAACGCGACCGCUUCCUGCAACAAUCUCCCAAACACCCUUCCUUAAAAAAAAAAUACUCUCUUCUUCCUCCUCCUCCUCCUCCUCCUUCACUCCUUUUCACCUUCCCUGAGGCUAAAACUUGGCACAGACUUCCCUGCUCACUGAACCCCCCCCCGCCCCCCCAAUUUUACCUUAACAACAUUCCACCGCACAGCACACAAGAGCAGGAUCAGGAUACAGCCUAGGAACCUAAAGAUGUACUCAGGUGGUGAAAGAUGUAUUAAGAUGUAGCUUUGAAUGUUCUAUUUAUUUUUUAUUUAGUUUUAUUUUAUAUCCCAUUACCUCUGUGUUCCACAAAGCUCUAUUUAUUGAAAAUCAGAAGAUAUUUUUAAUUUUACUGCUGUUUUGUUGCCUUUCUGCAUGGAGUAUGCAUGUUCUCCUCGCGUGUGCGUGGGUUUUCUCCGGGUUCUCCGGUUUCCUCCCACAGUCCAAAAACAUGCAUAUUUGGGGAUUAGGUAAAUUGGACACUCUAAAAUUGACCGUAUGUGUGAGAGUGAGCGUGGAUGGUUGUUUGUCUCCUUGUGGCCCUGUGAUGGACUGGCGACCUGUCCAGGGUGUGACUCUGCCUUUCGCCCUAUGUCAGCUGGGAUUGGCACCAGCGUCCCCCCCCGCGACCCUCAUAUGGAGGGUAAAGCAGUAGAAGAUGAGUGAUUGAGUGAGUGGUGUUUUGUUGUCACAAUGAAAACAAAUUUACUUUCACUCGCAACCCAUGGACCCAUUCAUUUGUGAUUGUCUGAGGUCUGUGUCACAAUGUAAGAUUUAUUUAAUCUAAAGAGGGCAAGCACACUUACAUCAUAACAUAAUGAAUGUCUAAAAAGAAAAAUAAUUGUAUUUCUUUGUCGAGAUGUCUUUUACAUUGAGAGGAAGAGAACCAUUUGCUUUUAAGUGUGCAUUAAAAAAAAAACGAGACCUGGAUGUUACUGUGUAUAAUUUGUGUUAAUGCUUCAAAAUGCUAGAGGUGCCUUGUUCAUUUUUCUGUGCCUAAGGAAGUAGUUAGUGAUUGAGACCACACAAAGAAGAAAACCUGAUUUCCAUUUCAAUACAUUUAUCACAGUCCACAUAAAGUAUCUUAAUGAGACAAGCUACAACGCAGUUUUGGACUGAGUGUGUGUGACCCCAGACUCGAGAGUUGAGACAAACUAACGUGUGUGCUCUUGUCACCAGAUGCAUAAAAUGUACCAGAAAACUUUGCUCAUGUAAUCCACUCUCUGUUUGACGUAGUUUCAGAUUUCAGGCUACUAGACUAAACCACGACCGCUGAAUCUCCUCACUCUGUCCUGCUGCACAACAAAUCUCUUCUUUCUUUCUUUCUUUCUUUCUUUCUUUCUUUCUUUCUUUUUUGUUUUGUUCCCCAAAAAUGUAGUAGUUACUAAACAUGUACUGUACAACAAAGCAUCUUGAGGAUGAAACCAAAAGGGUGACGAGCCAUGUGUUUGUUCAAACAAGUCAGAUUUAUUUAAGUAUUAAGGUGGUUCAUAUGAACUUGUACUAAAUUCUUUAUUUUAUGAAGUAAUUUAUUGUGUUUUCUAUGUACAGUAUGUGUACCAUUUUAGCAUAUUAUCCCUGUUCACUCUCUAUAAUCAGCCCAUGUCAAAUUUCUGAUGAGGAGCUACAAAUAAACUAUUGCUAUUAUUUAAGAA